GAAAUACUGACGAGGCGUUCUGCUUAGGUGUUGUGACGAGAGCUUAAUGAUUAAAAUGUGCAAUCGAGUGCCGUGAGCCCGGAAAUCGGUUAAUCUACCGCUUUAAGGAAUUCUUCCUUAUCUUGGGUAACUUAAAAACAAAAAGAAAAGAAACACACCUAUGUGAAUUCUACAGUGUGCAGUGUAUAAUUAGGUAACAAAAUGUCAAACAAUUCCGAUGUGGUGGAGACUCCAGGAGGCGGGGAAUUUAUGAUGGAGGAUUUGGGAAAUUCGGAAUAUGCGGCUGUUGCGAUACUUAUUAUUUUCUCCGUCAUUGGGGUGUCCGGCAACGCACUUGUUUUGUAUGGGUUUUCUAUGUUGAAGCCAAAAAUGACUUCGACGAUAUUCAUAUUAACGCUGGCAGGGAUCGACUUUACUUCCUGUCUCGUGACUAUUCCAGCUACGGCGGCUAUGGAACUGUCGCAAUUCAAGGUGCCUUAUGAUCCCUUGUGUAAAGCCUACCACUUUUUGGUGACUUCAACUAUACCAUUCUCGGCGUUUGUGAUGGUAGCUAUUGCCGUGGACCGCUAUUACUGCAUAUGUAAGCCUUUCAUCCAGAUCAUGACAAAGUUUAGAGCCAAGGUCAUUGUGUGUUCGCUUAGCGUUCUCGCACUUAUCAUUGGAUUUGUGAGCUGCUUAAACUUUGGCGUUAUUGAGCAGAACUCUCACAGAAACGAGACAAACGCGACACUAGAAAUAAAAGCCAUGGAAGAACUUCUGUCACCGGAUGACCCGGAGGUCAUUAAGCUUAAAAAAAAACAUUUUCCAGAUCCCGUUUUACUUUGUGGAAAUACCAAGAAGUUGGGAGAAACCUUUUAUACGGUGUAUAGUACCAUUUACGCAUCAAUUUAUGCCACUUGUGGGGUUGUAGUUAUCAUUCUCUAUGUAAUCAUCUACCAUUUCAUCCUCACUCGACGACAACGACGACUCAGGACCGAGUCUUUCCCAUGCUGCACAUUUAGUAAAUCACAGUUAGGGGAACCCGAAAAUACCGAUUUCAUUUACGUUAGUCAGGAAACCCAAAAUACCUCUGUUCCCGAGGACUCCGAUAAAGACGCCAAUUUGAACGGUCCCAUGAUAAAACCAAACAACGGGAGUCCACCGAAUCCAAAAUUGAAUAACGACACCCCGCCACCAAAAUCACGACAGAAGAAAAAGAAAAACCACAGGAAAUCGGAUGCUACAUCCACGUUCCGCCUUAAACAAGAGCGGAUCCGCGUAAAUAACAUUAAAACAGCCUUAAUGUUAUCUGUUGUAGCUCUCGUAUUCAUUGCAGCAUUUCUACCAGCAUGGCUCAUGAAGCACAAACUCAUUCCCUUUAACGUCAUUGUCUUUUAUAUGUACUUUAUCUACAAUGUAGCAAAUCCCUUUAUUUACGCCUUCAUGAACCCAGAUUUUCGACAGAAAAUGGCUGUUGCUGGUGCACGAAUUAAGAAUCAGUUUCGGAAGUAAAUUACGUAACAAAUAACGGGAUGUUCCAGUCAGGCGAAGCUCUUUAGGGCUAUUUAAUAAUUCAAACACCCCACCUUAGUUACGAAAACUAAAGUAUUUCAAAAAUUUGAAAGACAAGAGAUUUAAGUUUUCGUGUUGUUUUAUUAUAUACAUUCUUUAUGAAUGUACUAAUAUUCAUCGAAUUUGUAUCCAUUAAAUGUACUUAAUAUACAACGUACAUUUAGCUUAUUGACAAAAGUGGCUGUUGGUGAUGCGAAUUAGAAGUAGAUGAAUUACUCGCGGAUGCGAAAUUCCAUACAGAUUGGAGGAAAUAUAUACAUUAGUUACAGAAAAUAAUAACGUAUUGUGAAAGUCAUGUGACCAAUUUACAGGAAUUGGUUUAAUUCCUUCAUCGGUAUCUAUUUAAAAUUUUAACAGAUUUAUGUUGUUGCUCAACUAUAGUAUUUACCAUGACAAGUGUCACAACAGACCUACUGUGAUUAUGAUGACGGAGACACUGCAUGUCACGAUAACUAUUGAACGAAACCAGAUCAUGAAAUGAUACGUCAAAGGAAAACAGUCCUUACAAAAUAGUACUACCAUGACCUACGGUUUGUCCUUACAAAAUAGUACUACCAUGACCUACGGUUUGCUAUAGUGAAAACGUUGAUGCUUAGAUGUAGUGAAAACUUUAAAUUACUAGAGUGAAUAUUUUGAUAUUCUAAUUAUCUGUAGUAAAAACCUUAUCAAUAUGAUUUAUUUUGGGGGUAUAAUUGAACACAUUGACUUCUGAAUAACCUUUGUGAUGGAUAUUUUACAUUAACUAUGUCAAUAAAGUAAUACAUACGUAAUUUACCUUCAAACUGAUUUACAUAUCUCAUAAUCUUUGAGAUUCAACGUACUAAAACUUUUAUCCAGUGACUAUCAUUUCGUUAGGGUAAAUCCAAUAAUUUAUGAACUGUAAUAUAAAGUACGUUUAAUUGUUGUGAUAUUCAUACAAUGUUUUAUCAGAUAUUUUAUUUUGUUGUGAAGAUAUUAAAGUGACUCUCAAAC